CAACCUGUUCUUCUGGGGAAUUUUUCCUUUUGUUUUUCAGUGUAUGCCGAGAAUAUUUUCAGAAUGGUGGGAAAAGAAAAGCACUUGAGAAAGAUGAAAAAAGAGCACUUCUUGCUUCUAAAACCACUCCAGCUUUAAAUGUUCCCCAGGCUCCCAAGAUUGAAGAUCCCUUGCCAAACUCUGGCUUGACAAAUCAUGAAGCUGUAACAGAAGAAUUGCUCCAUUCCUUGGGGAAGAUCAGAUUACUUGAUGUUGGUAGCUGCUUUAAUCCAUUUCUGAAGUUUGAAGAAUUUCUGACAGUUGGCAUAGAUAUUGUUCCAGCUGUUGAGAGCGUAUACAAAUGUGACUUCUUAAAUCUUCAAAUUCAGCAACCACUCCAACUGGCACAAGAUGCUAUAGAUGCCUUUCUUAAGCAACUGAAAAACCCUAUUGAUUCUCUACCUGGAGAACUGUUCCAUGUUGUUGUUUUCUCACUCCUCCUUUCUUACUUUCCAUCACCCUAUCAACGAUGGAUAUGCUGCAAGAAGGCACAUGAACUUCUCGUAUUAAAUGGCUUACUGCUUGUAAUAACUCCUGAUUCAUCUCAUCAGAAUCGCCGGGCUAUGAUGAUGAAAAGCUGGAAAAUUGCCAUAGAGUCCUUGGGUUUUAAACGCUUCAAGUAUUCCAAGUUUUCUCACAUGCACCUGAUGGCAUUUAGGAAGACCUCUCUGCAAACAACAAGUGACUUAGUUAGCAGGAACUACCCAGGAAUGUUGUAUAUUCCACAGGAUUUCAACAGUAUAGAGGAGGAGGAGUAUUCCAACACUUCCUGCUAUGUUCGAUCAGAUACAGAAGAUGAACAACUAGCUUACGGUUUUAUGGAGCUACCUGAUGCUCCUUAUGACUCAGACUCUGGAGAAAGCCAGUCUAGUUCGAUUCCUUUCUACGAGCUAGAAGAUCCUAUAUUGCUUCUAAGUUAAUGUAGUUGUGGAAAGGCCCUCUCAGUCAAACUCUUGCUUAACUAAUUUUGCUAUACUAACAUGGGCUCAACACACAAAAAUGGUUUGCAUAAAGAAAAUGCAAAGGUUUACAGAGUUUGCUAUUUUUUUCUACUUUUGAAUUUUAAAAUUUAUUCUUGUAUGAAAGUGAAAAAACUACAAGUUUUAUGCA